AUGACGCUAAAGAAGACUGAGGAGUAUGAUACAUGGAAAUGCCAGGUCAUGGCAGCACUGAAGAGCUACGGCAUAGAUGCUCUUGUGGACUCGAGUAUUCCCCGACCCUUGAUGAAUGACCCCAAGGCCAAGAGAUGGUAUAAGCUGUCAGUGAGCACCGGUACAUGGCUGCUGGGAGGUAUCUCAGGUGACUCGAAUGCGAAGCUCAAGACACACUGCACAAAGCUGACGUUUGGAGAUGACGUCCUUACCGCAAUUCAGAAAGAGGUGCGGAAAUGUGGGAUUUAUGGGAAUAUAAAGCUGUGGUAG